AUGAACAAGAAACCGAAAACAUCUUCUGGGGAGCGAGUUCACUUGAGUUCCUCUAUGGACAUGUCUUCUGUGUCACAGCUAGAACAAUCGAAACCCUUAAUGGAGGCAGAUGUUCAGUUCGAUUCUUGGGCAGAAAAAGCAAUACGCAAUUUCAUCUUUGAAGUUGGACUUGGGCCUCGUUUUGUCUACUUGACAUCUUUCAAGGAGAUGCUUCAAACUGUUCACAAUAGGGAUGUUGAAAUUCCUACAUAUGAAUCCAUGCUACGGGAGGAACUAAAAGAAACUCAGCACCGGGCAAUGCAACUCAAGCAAGAAUGGAAAAAAAGUGGUUGCAGUAUAAUUAUGGAUAGUUGGAAGAGCCAAUGUGGUACAAAAAGCUUCAUAAGUGUUUUGGUGCAUUGCAGCAAAGGUAUGUAUUUCCUCAGAUCAAUCGAUGUCUCUGGAAUCCUCGAGGACAUGGAUGAGCUAGUUUCAGUGUUUUCUCGUGUGGUUGAUGAUGUUGGUGCCCGCAACAUAGUUCAAGUUAUCAGAAAUGAUGUGUCACCACAUAUGCGAAUGGCAUGGCAUUAUGUGCAAAAGGAACAUGACCAUUCAUUCUUCGUCCCACUGUGUGCUGACUUUUGCAUCAACCUUCUGCUUGAGAAAAUUGCAGCAUUUGAUCACGUCAGUGAGGUUCUAAGGAAGGCAAAGGAAAUAACAAGGUUUAUAUAUGGCAAUGUGCUGGCAUAUGAACUGGUAGGGCGGUAUAUUGAUGACGGUGAGAUCCUGAGCAAUUCUUGUUUCAAAUCUGUUGCAGAGUUCAUCACAUUAGAUAGGUUAGUUUCUAUGAGAGAAAAUCUAGUUGAGAUGUUUAGCUCACCUGAAUGGGUUUCCUCUGAUCGGUCUACUAGAAUGUUUAACCCACUUGAUUGGAUUUCCUCUGGUUUCUCUACUACUACAAGUUUGUUCAGGCAUAUCUGUGGCAUAGUAAAGACAGAUGAUGCAUUUUGGUGUGCUGCUGCUGAUGUUUUGAAGAUUACAAAACCAUUUAUCAAUGUGUUGCUUAAACUAGAAUCUGAGGACUGUCCAAUGGGUAUCUUGUAUGACACCAUGGCAAGUGCAAAAGACAUAAUGCGCAAUCUUGGAGGUAAAUAUGGUGAUAUUUUGCAUUGGGUUGACGAGAUAUGCGGUCGUAUUGAGGCCUGCACAACCGCAAUUGCAAAAGGCCAUUAUGAUCCAGGGAGACUGAAAGCGCAAAUUGAAGUAUAUAAAGGAAGAUCAGGUUCUUUUGGUUCAGAUUCAGCAAUUCAGCAAAUAGUGGGGACACCACAAGUUGUUUGGUGGUCAGCGCAUGGGACAGGCAUGCCUGAGCUGCAGAGCUUUGCCACUCGGGUCUUAUGCCAAACAUGCUUUGGCGCUAAAAGAUACAACAUCAGCAGGCAGGUAUCAGAGGAGGCGCAUGAGACGAGGGGAGCUGAUCUCGAAGAGCUGUACCGUGGGCUGGAGUACGUCCACUACAACAGGCGUUUCGCCAGCGCUGCACCACUCAUAGGCGGUCUUUCGGGGGAUCAGUGUGGUAAACCUGGCAGGAAGCUGGGGAGCGACUGGUUCCUGUAUCCGCGGCACCGACAGCAUAUCGUAAUCGGAUCAUCGAACACAUAG